AUGGACGCCGAUUGGGACGGACACAACGAGAUCAUGAUCGGGACGUAUGGUCGACAGCUCAUGGUGUUCAAGGAACUCCCGCCGGGACAAGAUCCGUACUCUGAAGCCUCUGAACCAGACAUAUAUAAUCAUCAACAUCAGCAUCAACAUCAAGAAUCACAGCAUCGACCUCAGCCCCAGUACUUGUAUCCGCCACUUCCGGAUCAGCAGCCUCAACAAUCAUCGUCAGCAGCUGCCAAGAGCUCAACACUACCCAUCCCUCCUUCACCUCCUUCACAAUGGGGCAUGACCUGGAACCGACGUUUCGCGACCCCCAUUUAUGGGAUCGCAUCCGCAGAUCUGAAUGACGACGGAUUGGAAGAGUUGGUCAUCACUACCAUCAACGGCGUGUCCCUGUUCCUGCCCGAUCCUUAUGCGGCAAAACAACGACUUCAACAAGCGGUCGAGCGUAUACAAGAGAUUGAGGAGAUGAAGGUUAUCCUCGAACGGCUACGGAAAUCAAAUGAGGAACUUGCAGAAAUGCAGCAACAGAAGGAGAUUGAAAGAGAGAGGAAAGAGAAGGAGGAGAAGGAAAAGAAGGAGAAGGAAAAGAAGGAGAAGGAGGAGAAGGAAAAGAAGGAGAAGGAGGAAGAGGAAAAGAGGGAGAAGGAGGAAGAGGAAAAGAAGAAGGAGGAGGAAGAGGAAAAGAAGAAGGAGGAAGAGGAAAAGAAGAAGGAGGAAGAGGAAGAGGAGGAGGAGGAGGAGGAGGAGGAGGAGGAGGAGGAGGAGGAGGAGGAGGAGGAGGAGGAGGAGCAGUUAGAGCGAGAUGCAGAAAAGCAGCGGGAGAAGGAACGAUUAGAGCAGGAUCAGAAAGAGCCUGAAAUAGCGUCAGAAGAAGCAGACGUAGAAGCAGUCGUAGAAACAGACGUAGAAGCGAAAGCAGACACGGAAGCAGAAGCACAUGCAGAAGAUGCCGAGAAGAGUGCCGAGGCACAUCAGGAAGACUCAAGGAAAUAAAGCCAACAUGCACGUAUUGUC